CGAACCCGCAUCCCACUCCAAAGACCGAGACUAAGCAUGCGACCUGACCCCUCUUCAUUUACCAGAGAAUUCCCCCACUCCAUUGUCCUCUAGCCCCGCCCUCCAUUGGGUACGCCCUUCACCCUGUCCCACGCCCUUUAUUGGCCUCCAGGGCACGCCCCCCGGAUCUCUCGGUUCCCAUUGGUUCUUCUCUCACGUCAACCUCUGUCUAGGGGUUCUUAUUGGUGUGGGCCACACCCUCUCAUUUGUCUCCAGACCCCGCCUUCAGGGUCUCCAGCCUCACCUUGCCUUCAUCCAUUCUGCGUCUAGUGAGUGCUUGGGACGAGAGGGUAAAUCAGACCCUCCCUGACCUCGGGGAGUUCAGGGAACGGUGGGGAAUAUGGACCUAGCCUCCAACCGUGACAGCCUAGGGCUUGUCAAGAAGCCAUCAAGACCCUGGGACCCUUUACACAUCGGAAGGCUUCUCAGAGAAAGUGAGGCCUAAACCGAGCCCUGAAAAAUGGGUAAGAGGUUACUCCAGGGACACAUUGGCCAAAGAAUUCUUGGCAGAAGAACCUGAGACGUGAAAGAAACAGGUGCAUUCUGGUAAUUACGAGGAGAUGGAGGAAUAACAGCAUUUAUUUAUGCUGAUGGACAGAACCCGGUGGAGAGGAAGCCUGGUGAUGUAGGAUCAAGGAGGAAUGUUGGAGUUGAGUCCCUGACCAGGCAAGGGAGGUCAGAAACUGGCGUCUCCAGUCAGUGUCUGGGGAGAGACUGGAUUGCACUGAGCCCUGGCACAGAGUCAGGGAGGUCAACAGUGUGGGAAGUUGGAACGACCAAGCUGGAUGUAACCCUCAGGACAGAAUGGUGCUGGAUUCAGGGGCUCAGGUGUAUGAGCAGGCACCCCCCAGCCCACCUGCUAGCCCCUCAUCUCAGCGCCAUAGGUUGAAGCCCUCAAACCGAAAUGGGCCACCCUUGUACCCCUGGCCUCAGUCUCUGGCUAUGCCUUUGGCUCUGGCUGUUCCCUCAUCACUACAGUCUCAGCCUAUGUGGCAGACCUUCUCAAAGCUGCACUUGGGAAACCGUAGCCACAUGCGUCGCAGUGAGAGCACCUACAGUGUAAAUAGUACUGGCCAGCGGGGGCGAGGCAAAGCGCCACUUGGACGGGGAUGUGAUCCAGGUGGAGGGACCCUACGGCCUGCGGCCUCCUUACCUCACAUUGCUAAGACUCGAAAGUAUGUAGGCAAUGGUAGCAACAAGAGCCCCUGCAUGUUAGUGGCCCUGCGGCCAACCAACAUGGACCAGGAACGGGAGAAAUUCUUCCAGUCCCAUUACACCUACAAUCCACAGUUCGAGUACCAGGAACCGAUGCCAAUGAGUGUGCUGGAGAAGUACCAGGAGGCCUCUGGACAGUUCAUCCAUCAGGCAGUUGGCAUCAUUGAGGCUGUCCUGGAGAAGUUUGGCACUUAUGAACACUUUGAGGCCGCCACAGGGGGCCAGCUGCUGACCAAGUGCCAAAUUUGGUCCAUUGUGCGAAAAUACAUGCAGAAGGAGGGCUGCGUUGGGGAGGUUGUGGUGCAGCUGAGUGAGGACCUGCUGUCCCAGGCAGUGAUGAUGGUGGAGAACAGUCGACCCACGCUGGCCAUCAACUUGACUGGAGCCCGCCAGUAUUGGUUGGAGGGCAUGCUGCGGCAUGAGAUAGGCACUCACUACCUGCGUGGUGUGAACAAUGCAAGACAACCGUGGCACAGCACUGAAGGCAGAUUACAGUAUGGGCUUCGGCCAGCCAACCCCACGGAGGAGGGCCUGGCCAGCCUGCAUAGUGUGCUGUUUAGAAAGCAACCCUUCCUGUGGCGGGCGGCCCUGCUCUACUACACCAUUCACCAGGCCGCGCGCAUGUCCUUCCGCCAGCUCUUCCAGGAUCUGGCCCAAUAUGUGCAGGAUGAGGCUGUACGCUGGGAGUACUGCGUCCGGGCCAAGCGAGGACAGACCGAUACUUCCCAGCCAGGCUGCUUCAGCAAGGACCAGGUGUACCUGGAUGGCAUUGUGCGCAUCCUGCGGCACCGUCAGACCAUAGAUUUCCCGCUGCUGACCUCGCUGGGCAAGGUCUCCUAUGAAGAUGUGGACCAACUGAAGCCCCAUGGAAUACUAGAUAAUACCCGAGUGCCCCACUUUAUGAAGGACUUGGGACGCUACCGGCAGCAGCUGGAACACAUCAUGACCACCAACCGACUGGACGAAGCAGAGCUGGGCCGCCUGCUCCCGGACUGAUGUUGGCUAAGGAUUAUAGACAGAAGCUCUUGACAGAGGUCUCAGGCCGGAAUAUGAAGCUCUUUAUGGUUCUA